UCGUGGAUCAUGUGUUGGAAUGCGACAGUGUUUAGGAACUUUACACAGAUCAAAUAGUUUCGGUGCCGCAUUGAAAGCUCGCACUGUCCUGAGCGUUAAACAUGGGAUGUGGGAGUUCCAAAAUCACGGUGGUUGAACCCGUAAAACCGAGCAUUCUGAACGGAAAUGAGACCGAAACUCUGGAGUUUGUUGUGGGUCAGGGAGGCUCUCGUGGUGACUCUGCCGUGUCCAAAAUGACCGCAGACAGCGGGGUCAGUCUGGAUGCAGCGGAGCCAACGGUUCUACCUGGAUCUGUACCUAGAAUGCUGCCACCGCUACAAGCACAGAGUCCCGGUCUGGCCCAGCAAACUGAAGAGAGGCCCGAGUCCAGUGAGAUCCUGGAGCAGCUGCUUGUUCAGGGAAUCAUUCCAGCUCAACCAAGACAGGGAGGAAGCGGGGAAGCGUACAACAUCAUGAUGGAUGAUGCUGGGAAGCCAAGGAGAAGACCACCGGCUCGGCUAGAAUCACUGAAAACCCGCAAAGAACAAGAAGUCACCAGCAAGGAAGACAUUGAGAUGAAAAUGAGACAAGUGGAGGAGAGGAGAAAGGAAAAAGAGGAAGACCUGAAACGCAGGUUGAGGAUUAAAUCAGCACGGCCGCGUGUCGCUGCCCCAAUGACCGCAGAUGGGGAACUCGACCCCAUGGAACUACUCCAUUCUGAACAACUUCCUGUCCCAACCAGAACCAAACAGCUACAGACGCCAAUCAUUGGAGAGCCUGAGGACCAAAGACUCAAUGAUUCCCCAGAACUGGAAAAUGACUCCACCUUCCAACAGACUGAAGACACAGCUGAAGGAUUUUAGCAAUGUUUCCUAUUGUACAUUCUUAGAGUCACACAUGCACUUUACAUGUUAUGCACAUUAUUAAUCUUGUUUAUUUGAAUGCAGGGUAUGGCUCAGAUCAAAUUCUGACCUUGGGUUUUACAUUACUAUAUAGAAAAAGAAAUGGAAAUACGUGCCUAAGUGUAAACAGGUUGAUGCAGUCAUUAUGUAGGUAGCAAACAAUAAUCAGAAUUCAGCAUAAUAUAUAUAUAAUACACAGCUGAAGUCAAAAGUUUACAUACACCUUGCAGAAUCUGCAAAAUGUUAAUUAUUUCACCAAAAUAAGAGGGAUCAUACAAAAUGCAUGUUUUUUUUUUUAUCUAGCACUGACCUGAAUAAGAUAUUUUACAUAAAAGAUGUUUACAUAUAGUCCACAAGAGCAAAUAACAGUUGAAUUUAUAAAAUGGUCCGUUCAAAAGUUUACAUAUGCUUGAUUCUUAAUACUGUGUUGUUGAAUGAUCCACAGCUGUGUUUUUUGGUUUAGUGUUUGUUUAUGAGUCCCUUGUUUGUCCUGAACAGUAAAACUGCCUGCUGUUCUUCAGAAAAAGUCCUUUAGGUCCCACAAAUUCUUUGUUUUUUCAGCAUUUUUGUGUACUUGAACCCUUUCCAACAGUGACUGUAUAAUUUUGAGCUUCAUCUUUUCACACUGAGAACAACUGAGGGACUCAUAUGCAGCUAUUACAGAAGGUUUUAACACUCACUAAUGCUUCAGAAGGAAACAGAUGUAUUAAAGGGGGUGAAAAUGUUUUGAAUUUGAAGAUCAGGGAAAAUUUAACUUAUUUUGUUUUGUGGGGAACAUGUUAGUGUCUUCUCUAGCUUCUGAAGGGCAGUACUAAAUGGUAAAGAAAACAUGAUAUUUAGGCAAAAUAAGAAAAAUGUACACAUUCUCAUUCCGUUCCAAAAGUUUACACAUGAUAACAUUUCGCAGAUUCUCCAAGGUGUAUGUAAACUUUUGACUGUAUGUAUGAGUAAGUUGCCAAAAAAAAUUUCUUUCUGCUCAUAAGUCUUGAAUCUUAAGAACAUUAAUCUUGUACGAUAUUCACCAUUCAAAAGUUUGGGGUCAGUAAAAUUUUAAUUUUUUUACUUACCAAAGCUGCAUUUAUUUGAUCAAAAUACAGUAAAAAUAGAAAUACAGUCAAGUAUUAUUACAAUAAAAUUCUUAACAUAUUUAAAAAUGUAAUGUAUUCCAGUGAUGACAAAGCUGUAUUUUCAGCAGCCAUUAAUCUUAAGUGUCACUUGAUUCUUCAGAAAUCAUUCUCAAAUGCAAGUAACAUUUCCUAUUAUUAUCCAUGUUGAGGACAGAUGUGACUGAUCAGAAUUUAAGAAUUUAAUUAAAAUAGAAAUCUUUUGAAAUAUCAUUGAAAUAUGAUCAAUAUAUUGCAUACUUUCUGAAUGAAUGUAUUAAAUUCUUACUUACCCCAAACUUUUUAUGUACAGUUUAUCAUAUAAACUGUUUUAUAUGCAAUCAGUUAUUAGAAUAUCAGUGAGAUAUUUCAAUAUAUUCUUUUAAACAUUCAGCUGCAAUUGUGUACCUUCCACUGAAGGGCUGUCCACAAGGUGGCGCUACCUAACUUAUGUAGUUAAACAAGCAAUCGUUUUCUGUCUUGAAAAUAGUGGAAAUCUGAGAUGGCUUUUCUUGCAUGUUAGUAUAUCUCUUUGUAAUUAUGAUGGUGUCACUAUCCUAAGUAACUAGGCUUCUUACAAUUAGCUAAUUAUAUAAAACUAGAUACCUUUAAAAACG